GUCACCGGGGUGUAGGCUCCUCUCCAGCCAAUCACAUACCAGAUGUGAUGUGGAGGGGCGGGGCAGAGACGCACGCUUUCUUUUCAUAAAUGAACGAACAACUGUGCAGCUGCCCGUAACGUACAACUGUAAACUAUUUAACUCCGCUGAGAAACGUCAAAAAGCCAAAAUGUCGGACAAGAAGGCCGUUAUAAAGAAUGCAGACAUGUCUGAUGAGAUGCAGCAGGAUGCGGUAGACUGUGCCAUGCAGGCUAUGGAAAAGUACAACAUUGAGAAGGAUAUCGCUGCUUAUGUCAAAAAGGAGUUUGACAAGAAGUACAAUCCCACCUGGCAUUGCAUUGUUGGGAGGAACUUUGGCAGCUACGUGACGCACGAGACGAAGCAUUUCAUCUACUUCUACCUGGGUCAAGUGGCCAUUCUACUGUUCAAGUCGGGCUGAAAUCCAAACACGCCCUAUCGAAAACUACUUUUAAUUCAGCCCUUAAUACUUCUGUGCCACGCUGCGCUGUACAUUUGCGGACAUGCCUACCUCCUGGUUUCCUGCUUGCUUCAGUCUGUUAUUGUUUGCCAUCUACAACAUUACCACCAUGGGUGGAUGGCGCUUUAAUCAUGCCUGGACUGAUGAUGUGCCGUUCAUAGAUAAUGCCAAUUUGAAACCACUCCUCAUUCCAGCACUCAGUCAGCAUGUUCACACCUGACACUCAUAAUUUCCGGAUAUUAUUUUUGCUGUGCAUUGAUGCACGGACUUUGUACAUUGUUUCAUAUGGAUAUGUUGUAUGAUAACUUAUUUUUCAUGGAAUUAAAACGAGCAACAGUGUUUUUGUUGAAACGCCUUUAAUUUUCAAUGUUGACUGAGAUUGGAUAUAAAUUCCAAGACUGUUGCUUACACUUAAUAAAGAAAAUUACAGAGAUUUAAGCUUUUGUACAUGCUUGAACAUUCCUGUUUCCACUUCAGUUGUGAAUCUUUACAAUGUUAGUGCUGUAUAUCUCUGGAAUGUAAUUAAGUGUGCCGUUUGGUAUUGUGAUAUUUUCAACAUGUUGAGCACAAAACAACUUUGACACAGUAAAUUGGUCCAAAAUGUGUA